AUGAUUGAUGCAAAACUGGACAUUUUUCCCAUGGAGUGUAAUGGACCAAACCUGAAGAGCUGCUAUACCAUCAUGGGAGACUUUGCUAUCCUGAAGGUAAUUGCACAUGGACACCUGUAUAUCGUGAUGGAAUACCACGAUGAAGGUGAAAACCAGAAGAUCAAACAACAAAAAGGAAAGUUAUUUCCUGAAGACACGAUACUUCAUUGGUUUGCACAAAUGUGCUUGGGAGUGAAUCAUAUUCAUAACAAGGGUGUGUUGCAUAGAUAUAUCAAAUCUAAAAAUAUCUUCCUCACUCAGAAGGAUAAAGGGAAAUUAGGAGAUUUUGGAUCUGCCCGGCUACUCUCCAACCCUUUGGCGUUCGCUUGUACCUAUGUGGGAACACCUUAUUAUGUGCCUCUGGAAAUAUGGGGGAAUAUGCCCUACAACAAUAAAAGGCUUGUGCUGAACUCUUCCCUCCUCAAAGACAUGUAUUAG